AUGGCCUCGGUGUUUCUACGCCCUGCGCGUCUGGAGGAUCUGCCCUUCGUGGCGGAUCUCGCUGCCGAGGCGAUGGUCGAAGACGAACUCUUUGCCUAUCUGUGCCCGCACCGCCAUGAACACUAUGCGGACUUCCGCCUGGCCUUUCUCCGCCGCCUCAAGACACGAUUGGUCACCCCCGGAUUUGCGGUGAUGGUGGCAGUGGAGCCGUGUGAGCGGCAGCAGGGUGGACUCUAUGGAGAGAAGCAGAUUCGUGGCUAUGCCGUGUGGGAGAGGAUGGGGAAGAGCGACAAGGCAGCCCGAUGGAAGCAUCAGAACAAUGGAUGGUGGCAUGGUGAUCCUUCCUGUCCACACUUUACCUCGAUCUGUCCGGCCUUGACCGCUCUUGACCCUCUCGAACGGAGUCUCCUGGCUCUUGAGUCCCGAUAUUUGUCUCUUGUCUCCCCCGACCGCAGCGUGGAUCCCCAUCGCCUGGAACACUAUCAUCACGCAUGUCUGACGGAUUGUUUUCCUUUCGACAACUUCCCAGAGCUGUGGUAUCUGGGUAAUCUGGCCGUAGCUCCAGCAUACCAGCGACGAGGCAUCGGCCGGCUGUUGCUCGAAUGGGGUCUUGACCAUGCCCGCAGAGAACACGUUGCUGUCGGGUUAGAAGCCAGUGCAAAGGGAGUUGGACUAUAUGAGCGGGCAGGCUUCCGCCCGGUCAAUGCGAUGGAGCUCAUGCCGGGAAUUCCCAUCACCGCGAUGCUCUGGCAGGAUUUACAAGGCGACCAGUCUUGA